AUGUUAGCUGCCAAGUUGGAACUUUUAAUGAAGAAGCUGGAAUCUCCGCAUCAGGAGGUUAAUCAGGUUUCAGAGUCUCGUAUGACAUGUGAAACAUGUGGCGAGACUGGGCACUCGGGCACUUCGUGCCCAUUAACUCAAGAGGGCACAAACUUUGUUGGGAACAACAAUAAUCCCAACUCAGGAUUUCGUCCUCAGCAGGGUUGGAACUCCAAGCCCAACCUCCCCUUCAGUCAACAACAAGGAAAGCAACGGAAGACCGUAACUGCUAGCCAUACUGAUGUUGAAGACGAAGAGCAGGAGGAGGCUGUCGAAUCCAACACACCUGCUACCCAGGAAGACCUCGUACCCAUGUAUGCCAAGUAUAUCAAGGAUAUUCUUGGAAACAAGCGGAUGCUGCCCACCACUAAGGUCAUGCACUUAACGGAAGAGUGUAGCGCUGCUAUACUCGAUCCUCUCCUGGUGAAGAAGAAAGACCCAGGCUACCCCACCAUCACCUGCUCGAUCAGGGCUCAACAUUUUUCGAACGCCCUCUGUGACUUGGGAGCAAGUGUCAGUGUCAUGCCAAAGCUAGCAGACCAAACAGUCCGCUACCCCACGGGAAUAGCAGAAAAUAUCCCGGUGAAAAUCCGGAAUUUCUUUAUUCCCAUCGACUUCGUCGUACUCGACAUGGAAGUCGACGCCAAGAUGCCGCUCAUCGUGGGCAGGCUGUUCUUGAGCACAGCAAACGCUCAUAUUGAUGAUGGAGCUGGAGAGAUUCAUCUCAACAUCACUGGCUAG